AAAAGCCAAAAGCUUAUUUUAUCUCUCUUCUCUCUCGAAGACACACACUCUCUCUCUCUCUCUACCAGCAAAGUAAAAAAAAGCCCUCUUCUCUCUCCUCUCUUGCGUGAAGGCUUAGGGUUUCUCCAAGAUUCGCACUCAAAUUAUACUCAUUUCAAGAAGAAUCGAUCUUCAUACCUGCUAUAAUCUUCUUCUAUACGACCUUCUCUAUCUGCUGAUACAGUUUUUUCCCCUCGCCGCGGAGGAUCGAGCUGGAUUUCAUACGACGGUCUGAUUUCUUCGUCUCGGACUAUCCAGUAUACAAAUGGUACUGAAAGAGAGAAGCGAGUCUGUGUGAAUCUCCUACAAGGCAAAAUCAUUAUGGAACCAUCCAUCAAGAUAAAUUCAAUAUCCAUAGAUCUAGCAGACGCAGCUGAUGAAAUUGAUGCGGGGAAAUGCCAACAUUUCUCCAUACUUGGAUUUUUAGCUGAGAUCCGCGAGAGAGACCACAAGAAAUGCUGGCCGUUUCCAGAAGAUACCACUGAGUUGAGGAACCACCAAAGCUAUUCUCUUCCCUCUUUACCAGUUGUAAAGUCCAGAUGGUGGGGUUGUGCGAGCUGCAUCAGAGAUCUCAACAUGACUAAUGAGAGUGAUUGUCGAUUGCAAUCACACUCGAGGGAGCAGAAGCUCGAUGCUGACGCUUUAGCCAUCCCAAGUAAAAGAGGACCGAACUCGCUGAUUGUCACCGACAAGAGAGAGAAGAACAAUGAUGUUCAGACAGGUAAUGCUGCAAAUCUGAGUUUUAAAGUUGCGGUUUUGUUGUUCUCUCUCUCUCUCUGGAAGCAGAUUUAUAUAACUUCUGUAAGCUAUGCAGCUACAUUGCUCAAGAAAGUUCGCCGCAGAGCUAAGGAUGCUUCGACCGUUAAGAUCAAGAGUAGCAAAUUUGCUAAAGUCGGCAAGAGAUCUAGAGAAAAGGCAAACAUUUCGAGGGACUUUAGCUGGAAAGAGAGCCGUGAAGAGGCUGUUAAUGGCGGAGAGACUUUCGAAGCAGUGACAGCUUUUGGCUCAUCUGAGAUCGCUGGUGUGGUUGAUGAUACGCCUGAUAAGACAAUCAAGAAGAGUGAUAAGCACAGUCACGUUUCGGCGGAACAGGAUGAAUGCGAUGCUAACGUGUCGCCAGAAAGCAGAAACCUUCUCGGGUUGCAUCGUAGGAAAACUCGGAAGGUCCGUCUACUCAGUGAGCUGUUGAGCAAUAGAAGCAGAGAAGCUCUGUCGAAGAAGGAAUCGGUUAGAGGUAGAAAAAGAAAGUCUUGCGGAGACGAGGAGUGCAGCAGACCUGCUGAGAUGACGACGAAUUACGCCAGCCGGAUACUGAGCACAAUCGGCAAAACUUCUGAGAACGCUUCCAAGAGCUGUGACUCUGAAGAUAACACUGUCUCUGGCGCAGAGUCGAGACCAAGCGUCGAGAACCAAUCCACUGACAGCGGAUUUGAGAAGGAGCCCAUUAUUGGGAAACAGAGAAACAAAAGGUUUCAAGUUGUGGAAGAAGAUCGAGAAAAGGAUCCAUAUGACUAUGCGAGUCCUGCUCGCUCUUCAUUUCCUGGGAAAGAGUUGGUUUCUUGUACUCUGCAUACACAGAGAACAGAGAAAGAUCUCAGUUUAGCGAAAAAGAGAAAGAGGAAAGCUAUGGUAGAUAACAAUAAGAGUACCAUUAUUGAUUUUAGUAACGACAUGGAUGAUGCAAACCUGAGAAAGCCAGAUAAUUUCCCGCAAGUCUGUCCCAGAGAUACAAUGCCACAAUCCACUCGAGAUUUUCUGAAUUCGAAAUGGCUUGACAGUUCGUUUGCUCAACUCUCGGCGCCAGAUGGGCAUUUUAAUAAGUGUACUCCUCAGGUUGAUGAUAGGCAAGUGUUUCCACUGCCUUUGCAAGAUAAAAUGCAGUACAAGGAAGGUGAUCGUGCGAUGCUGAAAGGUUUAGGGACAAACCAUUUUCGGAACUUCGGUUCCUCCUUUAAGCCCACCAACGCGGAUGGGUGCUUGAGAACUGGAGCAAGUGUUAACUUUAGCAGCAACAGAGAUACCAUAGGACCAUCAUCUUCGCUGAAUGAUAAGCUAAGACACACCUCUUUUACUGAAGCUGCGGAUACUUCUCGUGCUCCGCAAAAGGAUAUUUCCACGGCUCACGGAAAGGGCAAGGAAGUUGUGGUCCAGGAACUUCCCGGAGCAACCAGAAGCCAAAGCAAGACAUGUGAGCAUAUAGAUGAUAUUCCCAUGGAAAUAGUCGAGCUUAUGGCUAAAAACCAGUACGAGAGGUGUCUUCCUGACAGAGAAGAGGACAAACAGCCAUCGCAAGCGACGACCAGCUUGUCCAAGAACGCUCUGUUGAUUGAUCUCAAUGAAACCUACGAUAACAGCAUGGAGAACACAAUCAGGCAACCAAAGGAAGGACAUUUCAUGGCCGGAAAGCAGAGCUCUCUGGAGUUUUUCCCGAUGAAUCAGUUUGGUCAGCCUUAUAAUGUGCCAUCCGCGUUUGGGAUAUCUCCUCUUACACGAGAUAACCAACUAAGCUCCAUCAAGCUGCCUGUUGUAGUAGGUCCUAAUCAGCAAACCGGCCACAAUUGCCAGUGGCUAGGCAAUGUCCCAACAACUAUGGCUAAUCACCAGAACCCAUCUGCAUCCUCUUUCCGGGUGCUACGUGCGUGUAACACGUGCCAAGGUGCUCAACAGCAGCAGUAUAGAGAAGCUUCUCAGCCGAUUUGGCCAUCUCCCAUGACAUCAACACAUCCUCAGAAACCAGUUUCUCUCAAUACCCCUCAGAAGUUUAUGGACCCGUCAACAAAGCUGGAUAAUCCCAACACGCAGAACCUGAAUUUUGCUGGCAACAUGAUGCAGAAACGCAUCUUUAAAGGGGUCAGUAGCAAAUCAUCGGACAGUUACUCUAACGAAAGCAGUAUACCAGCUAUGCACCUACUUAGCCUCAUGGAUCCGCGGCUGAGGUCAAACGUACCCAAUGACCAGAGCCGAAACACUGAGUUUGUGAAAAGACCUCAAGCAGGGGACUGUAAUAAGACUCCUUACUCCACAAAGCAGUGGCCUUUCGAUCUUUACAGCAGAAGAGUGACUUCCGAGACCCCCCGUGAGAGUUUCUCCAUCAUUCCACCUGUUGGUACAUCUUCAAUAUCAUUUCAUAGUGAAAAGAGCCCUGCAGAGAACGUUGACUUCACACUCCAAGCUCCAUGGAAUCAUCGUCAUCAUCAGGAGAAAAAACCCAAGAGGAAAGACAGAGACUUUGCGCCGGUUUACAACAACAGUCAUCAGCAGAAGCCCACCUUUACGAGCAGCAGCAGCGGCAGCGACCCAGGGAAAUUCCAGCUUCUUGGAGCGUCAGAUUCAAUGAUGCUGCCACUGAAAUUUCACAUGACAGAUAACGCCAAGAAAAAUAAGACGAAGAAAGCUCAGAGCAGCAACCCCGUCUCUGUUUCUCUUCCAACGAGCAUCUCUGGACCUUAUGUGUGCACUGUCAACAGAAACCCGGCUGAUUUCACCAUUCCUGACGCACCUGGGAAUGUUUAUAUGAUCAAGGGUGAAGAUUUUAAGGUCAGAAAACUUCGGGGCUCAGGGAAAAAACCAAGCUUGUGUAAGCAGGAUGCAUUAAAGCAAAACAACAACUCUAUUGCUCCUAGCACAGAGAAUGCCUGAAAAAAUAUACGAUCUGUGAGUUUUUUUGUCAGUUGUGGAGCAGGUAAAGACUACCAUAUGAGAACAAAUCACCAUUAACAGAGCCGAAGAGAGCAGGAGGAGGGAUGAGCUUUGUAGAUAGAGGGGAAUAGAAACACAGAAGUCUCCUCUUGUUCUUGUCUUCGUUUUCUGCAUGUUCUGUAUAUUGUUCUUUACAACUCGAGUCUUUUUUAUUACAUGCUUGGUGUCCGCAUCAAGCGAGUUGUAGUAUGCUAUGAACAGAACAGAAAGAAAAACCUGUAUUAAGGUAUAACUUGUAUUUUCUGUGAGCUGACUCUCUCUGCUUAUAGUCUCAUUGUACAUUUCGUAUGUGGCAAUGAAAUGGUAUUAUGAUGAUCUUGUUUUGACAUUUUUUAAUAAUAAUGUGGAUGAGAUCAUAC